AUGGUGGAUGUGUGGUGGUGGAAAUUUAGGGGUUGGAUUUCAGACCUAAGAAGCAGAAUGCAAAAGGAGUGGCCCACAAUGGCCUGCCCCAGCAGCGAUGGCUUGCAAUUUUGGGCCCACGAAUGGAACAAACAUGGAACCUGCUCAGAGUCUGUACUUGAUCAGCACAAAUACUUUGCAGCUGCUCUUAACCUCAAGAACCAAGUCAACCUCCUCCAAGGCUUGAGCAUGGAAAGCAUCAAAGAUGCAAUCAAAGGAGCCACCGGGUAUAGUCCAUGGAUAGCGUGCAACGUCGACCCGUCGGGUGACACCCAACUGUAUCAGAUUUACCAGUGUGUGGAUACUUCCGGGUCGAACCUAAUCGAGUGUCCGGUGCUACGCCAUGGAAGUGCAGUCCACUGCAAACAGAAUAGUGCAAUGCUAACCAAAGCAGAGACUCAAAUUGCACACACCAGCUGCCCAGACACCAAAAGCAAGCCAUCACCAGUCCAUGAUCUGAGCAACACAGACUGCUGCCCUGCUAAUAGCCCAAACCUGGACCUGCAUCUUCCAGCUGCUAAAAAGCUCAUCUGCAUUUAUGAACUCAUAACUCAACUACUGCAGCCAGCAGCCAAGCACAAAUUCCACCUCACCAUCAACAUUAGCACCCCAGUAGCUAUUCUCAAAAACACCCCAGCUCAGAAAAGCAGUACCUCCAGCAGCUACAGCCACAAUCCAGUUACAAUGCCUCUAACCUCCUCCCUCAACUUCAUCCCAUCAAGACAUCAAUUCAUCCAGCUCCAUUCCUUUUAUCAAACACUAUCCUCCUUUUCAAUCUAG